UUUUAAUUAAUAAUAAUUAUCAUGCUUUCAAUUACAACAUCAUCCUCAUCAUCAUCAUUUGCACCCAUAGUUUCCCCUCUCAAAGUUAAUCCUCCACCACCAUGGAAUAUCAUUAGUCUUCAUCUCUCACUCUCUCUUCCAUGGCCAAAUCCUCUUCAAAACCCAAAACUUCCAUUUUUCUAUGCUGCUUUAGAUCCUCUCCUGUUGAGGAAUCAACCACAAAAGGGUCUCAUCCUGCCUCAAAGAUGACCAAGAAGAAGAAGAAGAGUAGUUGGUGUUCGUGGCCAAGGAUUCGAUUCAACAAGAACUCGGCUUACAAAACGGUGCCGCUUGAAGCCUCCUCAGUAUCUCAUCAUGCUCAUUACUCUAAGGCCAGGUCAAAGUCAACUCUUCAGAAUAAGCCUCAACCUCCGGUGGCAACCCAUCCUCCGCCGCCUCCAGUGCUCCCCGCCACACCCUAUUAUACGCCCACACAAACAAGGCAUGGUGCGAGCAACGUAGAGGAGAGACAGGGUAGAGGUUCUCCAGCAGAGGCGAAACGGCAGGGCCGGCGGGUGUCGUCGUCAGUGCAAAGCCAAAGGACAUCGAAGAAGGCCAAAAACGCGAGGAGUUCGUACGACCCUGUGGUUGGCAUGUCGGUGCUGGUGGUGACCUUAGUGAUUAUCAUAUUCUGGGGUCGUUUAUGCGCCAUCCUCUGCACUUCCCUCUGGUUGUACUGUACUCCGCGUUUCAGGAACAUUGGUGCCGUAAACGACGAUGACCGUCCGCAUACGACCAAGUCAAACGACGGCUAUUUUGAUUCUGAGGAGUACAAGAAAAAAGUCAUCAUGGAGGGCCUUCUUGAGAGAAAUCACAGACCCACCCUUUGAAGAGUCUUGCAAUUAGGUAGGUGGUAAUGGAUAUGAAAAUCAAAAACAAAAUUGUAAAUUCAAAAAAAAAAAAGGUUACCCUACACAUGUUAAACUAGUGUAAAUUACUUUUUUUUUUCAAUCAUGAUUUUGAUUAAAAUUUUAAUUUUAACAAAAUGAUCAAAAUCAUCUGUAGAGACCAUAAGCCAGCGGGUGUGUCUUUAAUUUUACUAGUUUGAUUGUUAA